AGCACUUCCUCGGGUCCCUCAAUUAAACACAUCUCAGUCAUGUCUUUCCCAUUCAAACAUGUCCUCCUAAUUGGAGCCACAGCUGGCAUUGGUCAAGCUAUGGCCCACCGCUUUAUAUCUGAAGGCGUGAAGGUCACAGCAGUCGGGCGACGACAAGAACGUCUGGAUCAGUUUAUCGCGCAGCACGGCAGCGACAAGGCAUCUGGUCUCGUCUUUGACAUCGCUAACUUGGAUGGCAUACCGGAUUUCGUGGAGACUGUCGCGCAAGCACACCCUUCGAUCGAUUGUGUGUUCCUCAACGCCGGGACUCAGUCUUGCGCCGACUUCUCAAAGCCGGAUACUGUGGACCUAAAUGUUUUCCAUCGCGAGAUAACCAUCAACUUUACCUCGUUCGUUACCUUGGUGCACGCGUUUCUCCCGCACCUUCUAAAACACCCCGAGCCGGCUAGUCUAGUCUUCACGGGCACACAAGUGACUCUCAUACCUGCCUUCGUCAUGCCAGCCUACUGCUCUUCCAAAGCUGCUCUCGAAUCUUUCAUUCUGUGCCUGCGAGAGCAAAUGCGAGAUACCAAUGUGAAGGUAAUGCAUAUUAGUCCUGGUCCAGUGCGUACUGAAUUGCAUGACAAUGCAAUGGGCAAAGAUACAGGUAGCAAGUUUGGCAUGGCAUUAACGGAAUUUGUGGAUCAGGCGUAUACAGGAUUGGCUGAGGGCAAGGCGGACAUCUAUCCGGGUACGGUAGGAGGAUCGACGAAGGAGCAGUUCCUAGAGCUUGUUGAGAAGAGAGAUGAGGCGUUUGCGAGGCUUUCCGGGUUGCUUAGGGGUAUGCACUAAGGGGAUGGUGACCUAGCAAGGUGUACAUCUGCGGAGGCGACUGGAAGUGCCGGUGGGCUCUUACCUGUUAGUAUAGCCAGAUUCUUACAAACUACAAGGUUAUGUUUCGACUUAGAAAGCAUUGAGGCC